UCGAGAUCUCGUGUAAUUAUGAACUCUCGAUUGAGUAACUUGACUCACACAAAGCUAUCGCCAAUAUAUAUAGAACGAGAGAGUGACCAACUCUAAACUCCAAGCCAGAACUUUUCUUCUUAUUCUCUCUUAGAACUCCAACUUAGAGGAGACAAUGAAGGGUUCUUGCUCAAAACCAGUGUUGUUCACUUUUACCAUCCUUCUUUUUCUUGUUGUUGCUCGAGACAUCAGAGUCGUUGCUGGAGAGUCAUGUGACCCUAUGCAGCUUAUGCCAUGCGAGGAGGCCAUACAUAAAGGCUCUAGGCCAUCGGGUACUUGUUGCGCCAGGUUGCAUCAGCAACACAACUGUGUAUGCCAGUACAUGAAGAACCCUAAUUUCAAAUCGUUCCUUGACUCACCAAAUGCUAAAAGGAUCGCCACUGAUUGCCAUUUUCCUGAAUGCUAGUCUCUCUUCAUAUUCAGUCUUGUGUUUUUAUUACUUUAAUGGAUUUGCUGUCGUUUUGUGUUAAGUUAAUACUCAUCAUGUUUAAUGGUUUUCUUCAUGGUUCCUACUUUGGUUAA